UUCAUCUGCCCAUUGGAUGACGCAACCAGUUCGUGUAACGAUUGGAAUGAAGCCAGACCUCGUGGGCAUGGUCCGCUUCGCCUCAAGGGCCGCGGUCGAUGCUUGGAGAUUUUUGCCUAAUCCCAUGGCAUUGGCAAAGAAACCACCCUUGAAUGGCGACUUCGCGAGCUAUACCAAAUUACCACCUCCGGCAUUCUGCCUUCUGCCAAUGCUCGAGCUUCAUGUUGAGCUCAUCGAAAAUGUCGAGAUGUGAGUGGAAAUAGAUCCAAGCUUAUCAAUUGUUCCUCGUAUUGCGAGGUAGACAAGAACUGGUAGGUCUCCGCGGCGACCUCCAACCAAGAUGUGACGCUGGAUCAAUGCAUUGCUAGACGCCUGUGCGGGAGAGUGGUUUUGUUACAUGAAGUCGGUAUCCGCAGGCUUGUCGCUUGCGCUGAUGAUGGAUAAAGUAAGAGAGCUAGAACAUCAACACGGUCGCAGUGUGCCUUGUGCGAUACUGUAGAGGUAUCAAUAGACACCGCAUCGGUGAGUCUCUGAAAAGAGGCUUUGAAUAGGGCAUGUACACUGUCAUGGGAUGUAUUGCUG